GUUGCUGUUGUUAUGCUAAAAGCGUCCAAUGGCGGACGAAAUGUGUGAGUCACGAUGAAAACACAAACAAAAGGGUUUAUUUGAGGUGACAACAUACUUUAGAACUUUUUAUUGUACAUUAUGGCUAUGAAUACCAGAAAAUCAUUGUCGUUUAUGCGAUAAAUGUGUUGAAAAGAACUUUUAAAACGAACGGGACAUUUGUUUUAUUCAUUAAAAAAUCAUCUGGCAAAAAGUUUGUCAAAAUGAGUGUAUCCAGCCCAAGGAGAGAACGCUCAAGGUUUAUAAGAAAGCGUAUCUCAAAACAUGCCGUCACGAUUGACACUUCAAAAGCCAAAUCGAAUACUGAUGUCGUUAGAAUGUGUGUGAAGGAUCUGGGAUUAGUUGAGUACACUCAUGGCAGAAAAGAUGCACAUUGUGACAUUUACUGGAAUGAGCACCACUUUGAUGACAACCCUGCUGCAACAAGUGGAAAAGUCAAUAAAUUUCCAGAAAUGGAGCAUAUCUGCAGCAAGAUGACCCUAUUUAGAUGUCUGGACAUCAUGAGAGACCUCUACCCAUCAGACUUUGACUUUUACCCCAGAACAUGGUAUCUUCCUGCUCAGUUUGAAGAAUUUUCUAGUGAAGUCCAAAAUAUGAAAACAAAAAGAAAGAAACUGAAAUCCACCUUCAUCAUAAAACCAUACGGGGGAUCUAGUGGGGAGGGUAUAUUUCUUCUGAACGAACCCAAAGAUUAUCUCUCCUCCUAUCCCUCAAAAAGAGGCAUGUGUCAUGUAGCUCAGGAAUACAUGGCCAAUGUUUAUCUUAUUGACGAUUUCAAGUUUGAUUUCAGAAUUUAUGUUGUUCUGAAAAGUAUGGAACCUUUAGAAUUCUACAUCUGUAAGGAGGGCCUGGCUAGGUUUUCCACUGUGCCCUAUCAAAGCCCUACAAAGAAAAACAUGCACGAAACCUUCAUGCAUUUGACCAAUUACUCUCUGAAUAAGAGAAGCAAGGAUUUCAGUCAUUCAGAGGAAGAUGAUGAGGGUAGUAAGAGGACGUUAAGCAGUGUAAUGAAGAGGAUUGAGAUGAAUGGACAGGACAGUGCUAAGGUGUGGCAGGAUAUAGAACUUGUAGUGUGUAGGACAAUCGUCGCUAUUGUACCAGAGCUGAAAGUGGCCUGGAAUAAGGCAUUUCCUCCAGGGAAACAUGGUCCAUCAUGUUUUCAGGUACUUGGGUUUGACAUCCUUCUUCUCAGUGAUUUAAAACCCAUCCUCCUGGAGAUUAAUGGAAGCCCCAGUCUUUAUAUGGACAGUGAACAAGAGGUUUCUCCGGGGGUAAUGAAAUAUGUCAGGAACCCAAAGGACGAGGAGGUAAAGUUCCCCCUCAUAAGGGACACGAUACUCCUAGUGAUGUCACCACACAAAAGAAAACACUGUGAGAGGAAAAGAAGAAAGAGAAUGAUGCAUUUACAGAAAUUGAAAUCUUCCCAUGAGUCUUUGCUUGCACGACCAUCUUCUGAAGUGACGACAUGUAUCCAAGCUUAUGAUGACAAAGAGGACAUUGAGGAGUUAAAAGAGGAAGAGGAGCAGGAGGAGGAGGACCACAUGAACCAACAGCUGUCAGAGUUUCAUCUUGAUGAAGAAUACAAUAUGGAUGAAGCAAAAAUUGAAAAUCCUCAUUCAGAUAAUGAUCAGGAGCUGAAAGAUGAAAUCCAUUUGGAACAUCCAGAUCCAGAGGACCUUGAAGCACAUCACCUAGAAGACAGUUGUCUGAAGCAGUUGUAUCCAGAUCUAUAUCAGGAAGAGUGUGAUCAGUUCCGGAUUCUAGAGAGAGCAGCCAGAGUCUAUAUCAACUGUAUCGGAGUGAAAAAAUCCCCAGGAAUGAGUUCUUCUGCCUUCAGAACUUUUAUUAGGAAAUGUCAGCUAAACAAGAAAGGACUAACAAAUGCAGCUGUAGAUAUUAUGUACAUUGACCUGCAGAGAAGAUGGGACAACAUGAAUCCAGAGGCAUCAAACAUUUGUUUAUCCUUCCAGGCCUUUCUUGAUGCUUGCUUUGAGAUAUCCAAAAUCUGUUUCUCUGCACCAACCAAGAUUGAAAUGCUUGAGGGACUUCUGAGUAUAUGUUUUGUAUCUCUUUCAAUUUAUCAAAAAUUAUUCAAUGAGACAUUCUCUUUUGAUUUCUACAUUGUUUUCAAAAUGUUUUUUACAUCUCAACCAAAUGUUUUGCAUUUCUUUCUGUUAUUAACACUCAGUGAUAAUAUGGUGCCUUGGUGA